GGCUGUCCACGAUCGCCGCGGGGUUUCUGGUUCAGCUUGAAGAGAGGCAAAGGUGUUCAACAGUCACGGUAAUAAGCGAGCCGGGUAAAAAGAGCUGAUCCUCGUCUCUCAACUUGCACUUUCCAACAUUACACCAAGCUGCAAUCAUAACACCAUGGCGCCAUCAUUGCCGCGCGGGUUUGAAUGGGGGUUCGCGACAGCCGCAUACCAAAUCGAAGGUGGUUUCGACCAGGAAGGCCGCGGGCCGUCGAUAUGGGACACAUUUACGCACCUUGAGCCCUCGAGGACAAAGGGCGCGAAUGGAGACAUUGCGUGCGACCACUUCCACCGCUAUGAGGAGGACCUGGACCUCCUGAAGAAGUACGGCGCCAAUGCGUAUCGGUUCUCCAUCUCCUGGUCUCGCAUUAUCCCUCUCGGUGGUCGGGAUGAUCCUAUCAAUGAAAAGGGCAUUGCGUUUUACAAUAAGCUCAUCGACGGUCUCCUUGACCGCGGAAUUACACCGUGGGUGACGCUGUACCAUUGGGACCUCCCUCAAGCUCUGCAUGAUCGCUACGGGGGCUGGCUCAAUGUGCACGAGUCGCAGAAGGACUUUGAGCGAUAUGCUCGUAUAUGCUAUGAGCGAUUUGGUGACCGUGUCAAGAACUGGAUCACGUUCAAUGAGCCUUGGAUCAUGGCGAUAUUUGGAUACGCCACGGGAGGCAACGCUCCGGGGAGGAGCUCAACAAGCGACCAGGCGACAGAGGGAGAUUCCACGACCGAACCCUGGAUCGUAGGGCAUGCGCAAAUCCUAAGCCACGCUCGCGCGGUCGUGGCGUACAACAAGGAUUUCCGCCCGCAUCAGAAAGGGAAGAUUGGGAUCUCGCUAAAUGGCGAUUUCUACGAGCCGUGGGACAGCCAGGACCCGCGAGAUGCAGAAGCCGCAGAGCGCCGUAUGCAGUUUCACAUUGGCUGGUUUGCUAACCCGAUAUUCCUGAAGAAGGAUUAUCCAGAAUGCAUGAGGGCUCAACUGGGCCAGAGACUUCCUGCGUUCACCGAGGCAGACUUUAAGCUUCUGAAUGAAGCCGAUACCGACUUUUACGGCAUGAACUAUUAUACGUCCCAGUUCGCUCGGCACCGGGAUGAGCCUCCUUCCGACACAGACUACGUCGGAAACGUCGACGAGCUGCAUUCAAACAAGCAAGGGCAAUCCGUGGGCGAAGAGAGCGGCAUCCACUGGCUUCGGUCAUGCCCGGGGAUGUUCCGCAAACACCUCACGAGAAUCUACCGUCUAUACGGGAAGCCCAUUUACAUUACAGAGAAUGGAUGCCCGUGUCCUGGUGAGGAGAAGAUGACCCGCGAGCAGUCUGUCAAUGAUGCGUACCGUCAACGGUACUUCCAGGAUCACCUCGAUGCCGUCGGGAAGUCCAUCACAGAAGACGGAUCGGUGAUUUCGGGAUACUUUGCUUGGUCUCUUAUGGAUAACCUGGAGUGGUCUGAUGGAUACGGGCCGCGCUUUGGUGUCACGUUCACGGAUUACAAGACACUGGCGAGGACCCCGAAGCAAUCGGCACUUCUUUUGAACAAUUUCAUCACAUCUAGGCAGUAAAGAGAUAGAUCCACAGUAUAUAACACGCUAUUGACACGUCCAAAGGAAAGUAGUGGCAUGAACCGGCUAAGAUCCAGAAUUAACUAGCAUAAUGAAUAAUGGUUGAGCUAGCAGUUGAAGAGA